AUUUGUUUCCGUUUAGCCCAAAAGCUUCCAAAUUGAAAGAUUUCUUUCUCCGUGCAUUUUUUCCCCCAGUUUCUCCAAUUCCUCUCUUCCCGAGUCCCCCUAUUAUCAAACCCCUACUACAACCUAUAGCUUAGAAUCCCGCCAGAUUUCUCCGAUCAUUUUCCGGCGAGAUCUCAAACUUCAGUCGUCGGAAAAUUUUCGUCUGAUCCGUUCUCUGUCUUCCGAUUCGGUUAAUUAAUUUCAUAGAUCAGACUGAUGGCUCCGGUUUCGGCUUUGGCUAAGUACAAGCUAGUUUUCCUAGGGGAUCAAUCCGUCGGCAAAACCAGUAUUAUCACUCGAUUCAUGUACGAUAAGUUCGAUAACACCUAUCAGGCUACAAUUGGCAUUGAUUUUCUGUCUAAGACAAUGUAUCUUGAAGAUCGAACUGUUCGACUGCAGCUCUGGGAUACUGCUGGACAAGAGAGAUUUAGGAGUCUCAUUCCAAGCUAUAUUAGGGACUCUUCAGUUGCUGUGAUUGUGUUUGAUGUUGCAAGCAGACAGUCCUUCCUGAACACUUCAAAGUGGAUUGAGGAGGUUCGCACUGAGAGAGGCAGUGAUGUCAUCAUUGUCCUUGUUGGAAAUAAAACUGACCUUGUGGAUAAGAGGCAAGUUUCAAUAGAGGAAGGAGAAGCCAAAGCCCGGGACCUCAAUGUUAUGUUUAUUGAAACCAGUGCCAAGGCUGGUUUCAAUAUAAAGGCGCUAUUUAGAAAAAUUGCUGCAGCCUUACCUGGAAUGGAGACCCUUUCUUCUGCAAAGCAAGAAGACAUGGUUGAUGUCAAUCUCAAGUCUAGCAACACAAAUGCAUCUCAGGCCCAACAGCAGUCCGGAGGGUGUGCCUGUUGAUGAUAUUGAUUAAAGAUAACAUCUACUUAUCUUCCUCUAUAUUUUCUUUGAACCCGUGAAGUCUGUAAAUUUUUCCCAUGUCUUCCAGAGAAUUUUACAUUUUUUUUUGUGUGGUGGAUCAUAAGGGAAGUUGAACUCAAACAUCAGGUACUCGUCGUUCUAGUUAACUAGUCUAUAGUAUCUGUAAUUUUUCAUCUGUAUGAUUAAUGUCGAUUUGUAGUCUUGUAUUCAGAUUUUGGCCCGUUGCUGCCAAAUUUUGGUUUUGAAUAGGUAUGGGUUUUCAUUUUAAUGGAACUUUGUAAUUUGAUUUCUUGUU